AUGGAUAUGGAACAUGUCAUAGAAGAUGAUUACAUGAUUGAUGAGCUUGAUAGUGGGGCAGAUGAAGAUAGUUAUGAUGACAGGCCUGCAAUGAUUAUGUUUAAUAAAGAGGAAACACUUAGAAAUAAUUUUACAUUCAAGGCAGGAAUGAAAUUUUCAUCUCUGAAUAAAUUUAAGAAGGUUAUACUGGAACACAAUGUAUUAAAUGGUAAUGAGGCAUGCUUUGCCAAAAAUGAUGGGUUUAAGUGUAGGGUUGUUUGUAAAGACAAAAAGCAUUGUAACUACAUUGUGCUAUGCAGCUGA